CCUCGAGUAACGAUCAGGUCGACAAAGGUUCCCUACAUUGCUGUGCAUCUCAAACUUCUCUACAACAUUUCCCUUUGUGUCCUUUGGCAGCACCCUGAAAACUUGAGGUGCAUUGUUGUUUCGUAAUCGCGGGCGCGCAGCUCCGAACUGUCAAAUGGCAUUGUGCAAGAACCUCACCCGUCAACGACCAACACUUCUCUGAUGUUCGCGCGAUUGAAGGCGAUCAUCAAGAUGAUCCUACAUCCUACCCGUGCGUCCGCGUCAAGUGUUCCGUCAGCACCACCAGUCAACCCCGCACAGGGUCGGUAUCGGGUUCUGGGGGAGUCGCCGGCGAGCGAGCGGAUUCGGACCGUCAGAACUGCUCGACCGACGCCGCGGAAUAACACCACCACAGUCGUUACAAAGAAGAAGAAGGAGGGGCCGGGAGAACCGCCCAAGACCACCAACCGGAGGUUGCGCGAGUUGGAAAGUGUCUACAGGAGCACUGGAACCCUCAACAACAGCUCUUCGCCAGUGCCUGCGCCAACAAAACCGACGAAGCCGUCAUAUGUCGCCUCAGGACCAGGGAAUUCGACCCGGCGCGCGAGUGGGGUUGCCACAAUCAGACAAAAUAUAUUGGACCGCAUAAACCGACGGUCGAGCGAUUCAGAGCAAAAUCCGCCGGUGAAGAGACCGUCUGGGUCCCGCAAGUCGCUUGAAUUGAACCUGCCGCGAUUAUUCUCGAAAACCCCGCCGGUCGAAGUUCAGAAACCGAAAGCACCUAGCUUGAGGCGGAAGUCUUCUAUCUUCGGCUCCCAGCAAUCGACGUUAAGCACCGUUUCAGCUUCCCAGAGAUCCCUGAGAUCUUUUUCAGAACUUGACAUACGCAAACUUACAACAAUCAAAAAGAAGCGGGGGUGCACAGCACAGUAUGCUUUGAAGCGCGAGACCCCGGCGAGGGGACGAGUUGGUUUAAAAAAUUUAGGAAACACCUGUUACAUGAACGCAGCCUUGCAGUGUCUGCUCUCGGCCGAGCUUCUGAUGGGGUAUGUCCUCUCCCCAACGUACACCGCGUCCAUAACCAACUCCCAAGACAACGGGCUAGCCGAAGCGUUCGCCGACCUAGUUAAGGCAGCAAUGACAACCUCGGACAGAAGGAUUCUGGACCCCGUAGCGGUGAAGCGACAGGUGGCACGUCGCAACGAGCAGUUCGCCGAAUAUGACCAACAAGAUGCUCAAGAGCUCUUGCGGUGUCUCCUGGACGGGUUGCAUGAAAAUCUAAAUCGUGUUAAGCGACGUCCCCGACUGAACUACAGUCAUGAUGAUGCCGAACGCCUCAGUGACUCCGAGAAGGCCCGGUUUGCUUGGAACAAGUAUCACGCUGUAAAUGACAGCACAAUCUUUGAUCUGUUCGGUGGCCAGCUUGAAAGCUGCGUCGAAUGUCACACUUGCGGACACCGAUCGGUCACAUAUGACACCUUCUGGGACUUGUCCCUCCCCAUCCCAAAGGGAUCAUCUGCUACCCUGCAAGACUGCCUGUCGGACUUCGGCGCGGAUGAGAUUCUGGAGGACCUUUACAGUUGCGCCAACUGUAAGGCACGCAGGGUUGCCAGCAAAACUCUGAAAGUUUACCGAUGUCCAGAAAUUCUGGUGCUCCACCUGAAACGUUUCAAGUACAUAUCAUACGAUACGCAGGAGAAAAUAGAAGCCAAUGUCGAAUUCCCUCUAGAGAAUCUACGGCUAGGAGGCCUUCUGAGCGACGUGGAAGGUCACGACACCAACGCUGUAUAUGACCUCUUCGGGAUUAUAAACCACUUUGGAGUUCCAGGCGGCGGACAUUAUACCGCAAACGUCAAGAACAUUGACGAUGGCCGCUGGUACUCCAAGAACGAUUCGAGCGUUUCGCUUUGUCCCGACGGGCCGAGCACUGCGAUGCGUUCCAGUGCAUAUGUGCUGUUUUACAGCCGACGGAGAUAAACAUGGCACUUUUUGCUCGGUUGCGAUCCCAUUUGUUUUUGGUUGGAUAUAGACAUCACUUCUAGAAAGCGCAUACUAGACCACAGAAAUUUGUAGAUAACACUCUUAGUCGAGUGCAUCGAGCCCUAUGCGACUUCCUUGUGAGUCGUCGAGAGGAGGUUGUAUGGGAACUGAGUGCCCAUCUAUC